AUGACCACACUACAGGUGCGCGCAGUCGAUUUGGCUCCCGCCCCUUACGACCGAGUCGACAUCGCCCAGUUUCGAGAGGAAGCUUUCGGGCCAGCCCGUCCUUUGUUUUUCAAGGCAGACGACAGACCCCUCAGUCAAACUUUUAUCCCUGCAGCCUCCAAAUGGUUUGAAGCCGGGCACGGCACAUCGGGUGCUUCUUUCAGCCCCUACAUGGAACAAUUUGCCCACCAUCUUUUCCCUUACGAGCUCAUCAGUCCACAGCUCUCGGAAAAGGACGGCGUAAUAGUCGACAGCGUGAAACAAUUUCUCAAUUGGCUUACCGCGAGCUCCAAUCCCAUGGAUGCCGUGCUGGCGGGCAUAGUUCACUCCGCUCUCCCUCCAUCAACCGACUCUGACGCUCAAUUCUGCUCCAUCGAGGCGCCAUUCUUGCUUCUCCUGAAGGCCGUUGAGUACAACAAGCUCCAGGACGCGAGCAUCAAGAAGCUUUACAUUGCACAAUCACAAUUAGUCGAACUUCCCCCGCCAUUACGCGAAGACUUACCAGCGCCAAGGAUUGUCAAGGAGACGGGCAAAGGCGACAUCUACAACUCAAGUAUCUGGAUGGGCGUGGAACCAACUUACACGCCACUCCACCGCGAUCCUAACCCCAACCUCUUCUGUCAGCUACACAGCAGCAAAACAGUUCGACUCAUGCCCCCGAAAUCUGGCGAGGCACUUUACCGACAGAUACAGACUAAGCUCGGCCGAGCAGGCAACAGUCGAAUUCGUGACUCUGGCAUGAUGGAAGGCCCUGAAAGCGUCAUGAUGAAUGCUGCCGUGUGGGGGGAGGGGGGUGCUGAGGACGUUGUUGAGGCUCAGCUCGAACCAGGCGACGCCCUCUUCAUCCCCCUGGGCUGGUGGCACAGUAUUAAGAGCAUACACCGCGACGGCCGGCUCAAUGCCUCUGUCAAUUGGUGGUUUCGCUGA